CUCACCAUGACUGGAGUAUUAAAACGGAAAUAUGACGAGUUGGAAGACGACGCCCCGUAUUCCUCCUCCUCUUCCUCCUCCUCCCCUUUCUCCUCCUCGUCUGCUUCUUCAGGCUGGGACUCGGAUGAGGAAAACUCCCGAGGAGACGUCAAGCCCGGCCCGGUUUUGAACGCCGACUUCACUCCCACGUCCAUCCUGAAGAAGAGCAAGCGCCUCAAGCGGAACACCGUGGAGUUCGACCGCGUCACCGUCUUCUACUUCCCGCGCUGCCAGGGUUUCACCAGCGUGCCCAGCCGUGGCGGCUGCACCCUGGGCAUGGUCAGCCGGCACAGCUUCGCCAGGGAGUUCACGUUGGCUGAGUUUUCCACCGAACAGGAGGCCGUCCGGCGGGAGAAGCUCAAGGAGCGGUUGAAAGAGGAGAGGCUGGAAGCUCUGAAGUGGAAACUGACUGCGAGCGGCACGAAGGAGUCAGAGGAGGCCAACCAGCUGACGACGGAAGACAUCUCCGACGACGACAUCGACCUCGCCGGCGUGGAGCCGGAGGACGGCUUCUUCCUCCAGCCCUACCCGGCCAAGAAGAGGCGGUCUCUGCUCAAGGCCCUGGGCGUCAAGAAGAUCGACAAGGAGGAGAAGCGGGAGCUCCACAGCAUCCGCCUCUCCCGGGAAGACUGCGGCUGCGACUGCCGGGAGUUCUGCGAUCCGGAGACGUGCAGCUGCUGCUUGGCGGGCAUCAAGUGCCAGAUGGAUCACACCUCGUUUCCUUGCGGCUGCACAAAAGACGGCUGCGGCAACACGGGCGGGCGCAUAGAGUUCAACCAGGCCCGAGUGCAGACGCACUUCAUCCACACCAUCAUGAAGCUGGAGCUGGAGAAGAACCAGCAGAGCAGCCAGAGAAGCACGGAGCCCGAGCCGCCGUUCCCGGACAGGCUCCACCCCUUUGGGUGUCCGGUGGGCAAGACGGCGUUCGAGGAGCGGACGCCCCCCCUGGCGCCCGCCUUCCAGUUCAACAUGGACUUGGAGGCGAUUGGCGAGAACAGCUGCAGUAGCGACAUGACCGACUCUUCCGCGUCGUCCAGUCAGAGCGAGGAUCUGGAAGAGCCGUACGAGGCUGCCCCCUCGGAGAAGUCGCAGUCGGACGUCGACGACGACGGCCUGGCGCGGAUACUCCACUUCAACGACUCCGACGUGGAAGAGGAGAGGAGCGCCGGGAGCAGCUGCCAGGAUAACUUGAGCGCAUUCCACCCGACCGACUUCUUCAGCACGGACAUCGAAGGCCACUGCGUCGCCGACGCCGCCGUGAAGCUGGACGCCGGGAGCGCCUUGCGCCACUUGCCCAACCUCACGGAGUGUCUGGACGAAAAUGCCAACCAGGAUGCCAGCUGCUUUCUAGAGGAAACCUCCAGCGGAGCACUCUGCGGGGGCAACCCGUGCUGCCCGCCGUCCUCCGCAGAGCAGUGUUCCCGGAACUACAUGGACCUGAGCCUCUCCUCGGACUCGCUGGAUUUCUUCCAGUCAUUCUCAGACUAUAACUUAGGACCACUUUAUAACUCCUUGAAGGAAUACGAGAACCUGGACAACUUUUCAGCGCUGCAGCUCCAGCUGCCAAAUUUUCCCAACAUGCCCCAGGUGGGGGACCAGGGCACCUGCUUUUUAGAGUCUUUGAUUGGCUUAUUGGACUCUGUCCCAGAAACCUCGGUGCCUUUUACAGACAAUCAGCUUUUAGAAGAUGCCAUGAAGUCAUCGCUAAUGGAGACGGUGAAGGUUUGAAAUUUGACUAUGGGGGGAAACCCCACCCCCCCUUUGGAAACUUUUUAAGUGCUUGAUUUAAGUGCUUGAUUUAAAUAAGCAGGCCUUCCCGCAAGAGAAGGAAAUGCUACCGAGAGCUUUGGAAGCGAGCAAAUAAUAGUUUGUUCCUUUUUCCCCCCCCUAACACUUUGUAAUUCUGCAGUUACAAUCAGUUUUCUUACUGUUUCUGCAAAAACUCUCUGCCUUGUCAUGGCAUUGGUUGGGGAGGGAGGGGGGCAAAGAGGAAAGACAGCUUUGCGAAACGAUCCAAAUUUACCUGCAUUUUGUAUAUGGGGACGGGGAAACCUUUGGGGACGUAUUCCUUAUGUUUAACCUUGUGGGUUGUCCACAGAGCACCUUCAGCCAUCAUUUAUGGUGUUGGCGGGCAAUGUCUCAAAUCACUUUGGGAUUUAUAUCUAAAUAUCUAUAUAUUUAUUGUGCAAAUGAGUUGCUCGAGAGCGAGCUCUCACUUAAAUGGGAAGACGUUUACAUUAAUAAAAAAGAAAAGAAAGAACCCCAUUCGCUAUUAUAUGCAUAGCCAUUUUCCUCCUUCCUAUUUAUUGCAAAUUUCCCCGAUUUUCAAUAGCCACGGAAGCUAGAACUGAGCAUGAAACCUCUAUUUAAAUUGCUAAUACCUCAGAUGUAUUAUGUGUACAAUCAUAUAUUUUUUUUUGCAUAAUAUAUCUGUAUUUAUUUAUUUGUGAACGCUUUCAUGCAAGGGUUUCUCAAGGGCCGGAAGGUGGGAAAUCGGUCUUUCGUAGCACAGACCCCC